AUGCCAGCCGUUAAUAAGAAAUUACAAACACGUGCUAAUCAAGUGUGCAAAUGCUUUGAGGUGUCACAGGAUCUGAUUCUCAGAGGAGUUGAUUACUUCAUCGACUCUUGUGAGAGAGGUUUGGAGACAGAUGAUGACCCUACUGCAUUGAUGAUGAUUCCUACCUAUGUGACAUCGAUUCCAACGGGACACGAGCAGGGAGUUCUUUUGGCCGUUGAUCUUGGUGGUACCAACUUCCGUGUUGUCUCUGUCACAUUAAAGGGAGACCACACAUUUAGCUUGGUUCAGGCCAAGAGUCCUAUUCCAUUGGAUAUGAUGUCUGGUACCAGUGCCAUGUUGUUUCAGUGGAUGUCUGAGAAGAUUGAUAAGUUCCUCAAAACUCAUCACAGUGACUCGUUGAAGGAAGGUAAUAACUUCAAGAUGGGAUUUACCUUUAGUUUCCCAGUUAAGCAGAAGUCUUUGAACUCUGGUACUUUGACUAGAUGGACUAAAGGUUUUGAUGUGUCUGACUGUGUUGGUAAGGAUGUUGUUGCUUUGCUUCAGGAACAUUUAGACGCUCUUAAGGUGCCAGUCACGGUUGGUGCUUUAGCUAACGAUACCGUUGGUACUCUUUUAGCCAGAUCUUACACUGGUGCCAAUAAGGAGGGUGAAACUAUCAUCGGUUGUAUUUUCGGUACCGGUACCAACGGUGCCUAUGCUGAGGACGUGAGCAAGAUCAAGAAAUUGCCAGAAGAUGUUAGAAAACACCUCAAAGAGGCUGGUGUUACUCAGAUGGUGAUCAAUACUGAAUGGGGUUCGUUUGAUAACCAGAUGAAGAUUCUUCCAAAUACCAAGUGGGAUCAAGUGGUUGAUAAGAACAGCUCCAAUCCAGGUGUCCAUAUCUUUGAGAAGCGAGUCAGUGGUUUAUAUAUGGGUGAAACUCUUAGAGUUGUGUUAUUUGAUCUCUGGAAGGAAGGAUUGCUCUUCAAGGACUACGCUACUGAAGAAGCCUUACCUCACAGAUUGACAACUCCGUUUAAUUUGGACACUGAAGCCAUGUCGUUGUUUGAAAUUGAUGACUCUACUGGUUUGAAAGCUAGUGAAUUGAAGCUACAGCAAAUGCUUAGACUCCCAACUACUACCGAAGAGAGAUUGGUUAUCCAACAAUUGACUAGGGCCAUUGCUCAUAGAUCUGCAUACUUGGCUGCCAUUCCAAUCAGUGCCUUGUUGAUGAAGGUUGGUGCAUUUGAUGGUCAUCAUGUUGAAGUUGAUGUUGGUGCUGAUGGUUCCGUUGUUGAGUUCUACCCUGGUUACAGGACCAUGAUGAGAGAUGCCGUUUCAUUGACUCAGUUGGGACCAAAGGGUGAAAGAAGGUUACAUAUCAAUAUUUCUAAAGACGGUUCGUCUGUUGGUGCUGCUCUUUGUGCUCUUAGUGAAGAGUAG